GUUGACGAGCGAAAUUCAAACUUCUGUAACAAAACAUCAGCGCUGGUGGACUUCCCGUCUGCCAUAUGCUUGUACACUGACUGCACCUCACUUUCAUCCUCUGCUUUUCACACAAAUCCAGGGAGGUUUAUCAUCGUUGUGCUGGAGCAGGGAGGAUGCCUGUGGAAAGGACGGAGCAGCGUGGAGCCGAGGAGCUCUACAAAUACUAUGAAGUCUAUGAAACUAUCGGCUCAGGAGGCUUUGCUAAAGUCAAGCUGGGUCGACACAUCCUGACAGGAGAGAAGGUUGCCAUUAAAAUCAUGAAUAAGAAAGAUCUUGGGGAUGACUUGCCGCGUGUGAAGGUGGAAAUUGAAGCCAUGAAGAAUCUGAGUCAUCAGCAUGUGUGUCGACUGUACCAGGUCAUAGAGACGUCCACUCUGAUAUUCAUAGUGCUGGAGUACUGCCCAGGUGGGGAGUUGUUUGACUAUAUCAUAGCAAAGGACCGCCUGUCAGAGGAGGAGACCAGGGUGUUUUUCAGGCAGAUUGUGUCUGCAAUGGCCUACGUCCACAGCCAAGGAUACGCACACAGGGACCUAAAACCGGAAAAUCUAUUGAUUGACGAGGACCAUAACUUGAAGCUGAUAGACUUUGGCUUGUGUGCCAAACCUAAGGGAGGUUUGGGUUAUGAGCUGAUGACGUGUUGUGGGAGCCCUGCGUACGCCGCUCCUGAACUCAUCCAGGGAAAAGCAUAUAUUGGUUCAGAGGCAGACGUAUGGAGUAUGGGAGUGCUGCUGUUCGCUCUGCUCUGCGGGUACCUGCCCUUUGAUGACGACAACUGCAUGAUUCUGUACAGGAAGAUUACAAGAGGUAAAUUUGAUAACCCUCGGUGGCUCUCUCCAGGUAGCAUCCUCCUUCUCAACCAAAUGAUGCAGGUGGACCCCAAGCGUCGCGUGACUGUUCAGCAGCUGCUGGACCAUCCCUGGGUGAUGAAAGACUACAACAGCCCUGUGGAGUGGUACAGCAGGCAGCCGCUUGGCCACAUAGAUGAAGACUGUAUCACUGAGAUGGCAGUCAACAUGAAGCGAUCUAGAGAGAGCACCGCAGCGCUGGUGAAGAAGUGGCGGUACGACCACACAACAGCCACUUACCUGCUGCUGCUGUCAAAGAAGCAGAGGGGAAAGCCUGUCCGCCUGCGCCCUGAACCAGCUGUCUGUGAGGACUCCUGCUCUCCUCUGCACCAGGGACUACAGUCAAGGAAAGCCCUUCACUUCAGCGAGGAUGAAGACGCCGUAAUUGGGGGUUCAUUGGACUUUUGCUCGGACUACAUUGACGAUUGUCCGUGGAUUUCAGCCCCACGGCACACACCCCAACGGGUCAGAGGCCAGCCAGACGGCACCACAAACAAAGACAUGAGGUUGCUCUCUCCAUCGGUGGAAAAAAGGUCUGCUCACAGUCCGACCGCAGAGAGGAGCAGAAAAACGACACCACACCGCCAUGAGAGGAGGGAGAGAGACCAAGAACGAGCCAGUGAGAACAAGGAGAACACCGCCGUCCAAGAGAAAGACGGUGAAGUCUUCGCGUUGCCUCCCCCUCGAACUCCUGUAUCCAGUAAAAAGAAUGCACGCCCCAACAAGAACGUGUUGACCACACCCAAUCAAAAUGCUAAUGGCACCAAACCCAGUGUGGUCAUGCCGAAAGGUGGUGACAGUGCAUCCAAGGAGCACAAUAAGAAGAGAGCAGAAGAGAACAAGGAUUCUGCAAACAUUGAAAUACUGGCCUUCAGUCCAGAGCGAAGGUCUCGGUCUCUGGACAUGGCUGUCACAGGAGACAGCGGAAAGAAGAAGCGAGCGGGAAAGAUGUUUGGUUCACUGGAGAGAGGCCUGGAUAAGAUGAUCACCAUGCUGACCCCGAGUAAGAGACGAGCCCUGCGUGACGGCCCACGCAAGAUUAAGGUGCAGUAUAACGUGACCCUGACCAGUCAGACCAACCCAGACCAGGUCCUCAACCAGAUCCUCUCCAUCCUGCCGGAGAAAAACGUCGACUUCACACAGAAAGGGUAUUCCCUGAAAUGUCGGACCUGGGAUGACUUUGGGAAGGUGACCAUGGCGUUUGAGCUGGAGGUUUGCUUGCUUCAGAGGCCGGAGGUUGUCGGCGUUCGUCGCCAGCGACUGAAAGGAGACGCUUGGGUCUACAAACAUCUGGUGGAGGACAUCCUCUCCACAUCCAGUAUCUAAAGAAGGCGUUUCCUUGGCAGUGUCACGACCCGUUCUUAGGUCUGUGGAUGUUUUUUAUCGACAGCAUAAUGACUGAUCAGUGAGUAAUGCAGGAAUCCAAACAUAGAAAGGUGUCUUUGCACUUUAAUGAUCAGUCCUUCAUUAAUCCUUUGGAAUAUUUAAACUGUCCUUAGGCCAGUUUGCAGUCCUUAGAAUGUUACAUUAAAUUCAUGAGCAUUACGUGUCAGGAUUCUGUACAGUGUCUCGUAUUUUAUGUAGAAUAAUUUUUUACUUCCCUAUUUCAUAUUUCUUAAGCUAUAUAUAAUUGCUGUCAGUCCUCUUCAGAUGAAUGUGUGUAUGAAAUGUAACAGAAGUAUUUACAACAUACCUUCCAGCUGCUUAUUACCAUAUUUAUGUCUUGAUGUUGUUAUUCUUCCCUGUAGGUGCAAAACUUGAUUAAAUAAAAUAAAGAAGCAGAGCAUUACUAAUUUACCGUUAUUGUUCUUUUAUGUACAUGUGUUUACAGUGCUUCUGUCGUUAUGUUUUACAUGGUUGUAUCUGUGUUUUUUUUCCUGGUUUUCAGUGUCUUGUGUCUGUAAGAUUUUUAUUGACGACGUACGAGAAGCAAAAUAAACGAUUUCUGUUUAAGGAGACAGAUGAUGGA